UUCACUUGGAACAGCAUGUCAGGGCGCAGCGUUCGGCUGAAGUCAGUUCCCGUUCAAAGCCUCUCCGAGCUGGAGCGAGCUCGACUGCAGGAAGUGGCUUUUUAUCAGUUGCAGCAGGACUGUGACCUGGGCUGUCAGAUUACUAUCCCCAAAGAUGGUCAAAAGAGGAAGAAAUCAUUAAGAAAGAAACUGGACUCAUUAGGAAAGGAGAAGAACAGAGACAAAGAAUUUACUCCCCAGGCUUUUGGAAUGCCUUUGUCCCAAGUGAUUGCUAAUGACCGGGCCUACAAACUCAAGCAAGACUCUCAGAGGGAAGAGCAAAAAGAUGUUUCAGAUUUUGUGGCCUUUCUCUUACCAUUUGGAUCUAAAAGACAGAACAAAGAACUUUCAAGCAGUAACUCAUCUCUUAGCUCAACCUCAGAAACACCAAAUGAAUCCACUUCUCCUAAUACUCCAGAGCCAGCACGAGCAAGGAGACGUGGCGCGAUGUCCGUGGACUCUAUUACAGAUUUGGAUGACAACCAGUCACGGCUCCUAGAAGCUCUCCAGCUCUCUUUGCCAGCAGAAGCUCAGAGCAAGAAAGAAAAGGCGCGAGAUAAGAAACUAAGUCUGAACCCUAUUUACCGGCAGGUUCCCCGGCUUGUGGAUAGUUGCUGCCAGCACUUGGAAAAGCAUGGUCUCCAGACAGUAGGAAUAUUCAGAGUUGGAAGCUCAAAAAAGAGAGUAAGACAGUUGCGUGAAGAGUUUGACCGAGGCAUAGAUGUUGUGUUAGACGAAGAGCACAGCAUUCAUGAUGUUGCUGCUUUAUUAAAGGAAUUUCUACGUGACAUGCCUGACCCACUUCUCACCAGAGAACUUUAUACACCUUUCAUCAACACUCUCUUAUUAGAGCCAGAUGAACAGCUAAGCACCUUACAGCUUCUCAUUUAUCUCCUACCUCCCUGUAACUGCGAUACCCUACACCGACUGCUGCAGUUCCUCUCCACAGUGGCAGGCCACGCAGAAGAUACCACAGACAAAGAUGGCCAAGAGAUUACUGGGAACAAAAUGACAUCUCUCAACCUGGCUACUAUCUUUGGCCCUAACCUACUGCACAAGCAGAAAUCUACAGACAAGGAAUUCACAGUUCAGAGUUCAGCUAGAGCUGAAGAGAGUACUGCUAUCAUAGCUGUUGUACAAAAGAUGAUUGAGAACUCUGAAGCCCUUUUCAUGGUUUCCCCUGACCUACAGAAUGAAGUGCUUAUUAGCUUGUUAGAGACUGACCCGGAUGUUGUGGACUAUUUGUUGAGAAGGAAAGCUUCCCAGUCAUCGAGCCCGGAGAUGCUGCGGUCGGAAGGCUCCUACUCCACGGGCGAAAGACAUUCUUCCACAGACUCCAACAAAGCUUCAAGUGGAGACGUCUCCCCUUACGACAACAACUCCCCGGUACUGUCUGAGCGCUCACUGGUGGCGACACAAGAAGACGUUGCCCUCAGUCCAGACAAGCUGUACAAGGUACCUGAACAGUACACACUGGUUGGUCAUUUGCAGCCAAAGAAAGAGAAUUCUUCUGCAUCGCAGGCUGGAAAAGAUGUUUCAGAGGAUCAUUUUGAUAUUUGGGGUACCUGGCAUUCAACGCUGAAAAGUGGCUGCAAAGAUCCAGCAAUGACAGGUUCCUAUGGAACAUCUACGGAAAGCAGCUUGCUGCGGCCCGGGCAGUUCUCUCUUUCCCAUGGGAACCUCUCCAUGUUUGCUCCUCGGUGGAAAAGCGCCGCCGAGCCCGGCUGGCACGACUGGCAAAGGGAGAGGUGGCAAAUCUGGGAGCUUUUGUCUGCCGACAACCCCGACGCCCUCCCAGAAACCCUCGUAUGA